CCUGGGGUUCCGGAUGCUGCUCCUGCUGCUGACAAGCGAAGGUAAGCAGAGAGCUUCUGAGGCGGCCAAGGCAGCAGCAACAGCAGUGGCGGCGGCGGCUCUGAAGGCGCUCAGCAGAGGGAAGCUCCAAGCCAGCUCCUCUCCAAGCCACGCAAAGCAGCAGCAGCAGGAAAGGAGGCGAGGCGGCGGCGAAUAAAGGGUGGGGGAAAGGAGGAAAAAAAGAUCAGCACCGCCAGCAGCAGCGGCGGCGGCGGCAAAAGCCAAGGCUCUGGUUUGCGUCUUCAUUUCCUUUUUCCCACCCAGCAGCAGAGCGAGAGCGAGAGACAGAGGCGAGGGGGGUGGAGAGCGCGCGCGAGAGCCAGCGCGCUUGAGCCGGGGAGCGAAUUCUCCCAGCCUUGCAUUUUUCCUUCCCACCCCUCCUCCUGGCUCUUCUUUUGUGUGGUGCGUUCGGAAGGGAGGGAAGGAGGCAAAAAAGAGCGAGCGAGCGAGGCAGGCAGCGAGCGAGGCAGGCAAGGGGAAGGGAGGAGGAGGAGGAGGAGAGACGGCGAGCGAGCGCGGAGGAGUCAUGUCCAGCAGAGUUGCGUGAGGAUAAUGUGAGCGGCAGCGCGGCGAUGAAUAUGCUGAAGGCUGGCAGUGGCGCCGAAGGGUCGGGCAGCGUCCCCGGCAGCCCGGAGUCGUCCUCUCCUCUGGAAGAAAAAAGUCUCUCCCGCAAGGCAGCCGCCGCCGAAGGGAUCGGAGCCCAGCAACAGCAGCAGCAGGCUGAUGGCAGCUCCGUCGCCUGCCAGCCCCUCGGACUGGAAAAUGGAGCCAACCCGCCGGCUGAAUGGCUCCCGCGCACCCAGAGCUCGGGGCUGCGGCAGCCCAACAACGAGGUGGAGGGCGGCGAGAGGACCUUCAAAAUGAACCUGCACUGCAAGCAUGGGCGGCCCAGAGAACUCAAGUGUAACAGCCGGAGCAGCAAAACAGAAGGUCCGGCUUCUACCUUUGCAGAUGCCCACCCCAGCAACUGCUCUGCCAAGAGGCAUGUUGGUGAAGAUGAACUGAGGAAGCGCCUCAAAUCCCAGGGACCCCCAGUCCCAUCAGGAGGCACCAUUCGCAGCUCUUCUGAUUACUCCUGCGAGCCAAAGUUCUACCAGGCCGGGCACCUGGGCCAGAAGGCAUCAGCAUCUCUAGCAGAGAAAGCCUUGUCAUUCAGCAUGCUUGGCUUUCCAGAAGGUUCCUGCUCAGGAUUAGGUCCAGAGCACAAGUCGGGAUUACUUCGUCAUGCCGAGACAGCUGACCGAUUCAAGAGCCUUCAUGCCCAGGGCAGCCCCAAGAUGGAAGACCUGCCACCAGCCAACGCUCUGGGGUGCCCUGGUGAUGCCCGGGGGCUGGACGAGACAGCUACACAAGACAGAGCCGCCAAGACCUUCUCCAAUGCCACUCUGGCCUCUGGCCGGUGCAACAUUGACAACAUCAUCUCUCUCCUGAAAAGCAAGUGCGGCAAUGGCCGCAUCAACCUCUACCCUGUGGUGCAGCUCAUCGACAUCAUGAAGGAUAUCAACCGCCUCUCCCAGGACCUGAAGAGUUGCGGUGUUCACCUGGACUGCAGCAGCCUACAGCUCAACAGCCACCCGCCACUCAGCGAAGAAGGCAGGGAUCAGGGCCUGCAGUAUAGCUUCUACUCUUCCCCGCUGCUGGCCAACAGCAUACGCAGCCCUGAUGAGCUGGCGACACAGGGCAGCACCAAAGCCGAGCUGUCCAAGCAAACCCGGCCCAGCCUCUGCAUGGGAGAGCCAGAGAGCAGCAGUGAAGGUGCCCAGUAUCCAGCUUCCCAGGGCAGUCCUGCUUUGAAGGCUCCCAGCAGCGUCGACGAAGCCAGCAGCUCGGAGUCCGACACUACAGAUUAUACCGAAUUGGCCGACACGGAUAUCCUAAGUGAACUGGCUUCUCUUGCGUGCCCAGGGCCCCAGCUGCUAGAUCAUCAACCUCCAGAAUCCCACCCCCAGUUGAUGCAAGGGCUAGAUUCCAGGUCCCAGUUCAUUGGCUCGCAGUCUCUAGAACACCAGCCUCAGCUGGUCGACUCCAAGUCUCUAGAGCCUCCUCCAGAACCCCUGGCCCUGCAGACUGUCGAGCCGCUGCCGGCACCGCCGGGGCUACAGACGCUAGAACCUCUGGAGCUGCAGACUCUGGAGCCUUUGUCUGACUCACUCUCGCUCCAAUCCCUGGAACCCCUUUCGGAGCCACUAGGGCUUCAGUCUUUAGGGGCUCUGGAUCACCCAUUGCUUGACUCCCAAGCCCAGCUUCUGGAUCCAGAGACCCAGCUGCUAAGUCCCCUGCCCAAGUUGCUGGACUCCCAACCCCAGCUGGGGGCAGAGGAGCCCCUAGGAGCACACCCGCUACCGCCCCAAUCCCGCCUCGGAGGCUGCUCCCUGAGAGGAGUGGUACGGCGAGGAGCAGGGCGGGGAAGGGAUGACCACAGGAAAUAUGCUCUGCGUAGAACAGAUAAACCAAAGAUUCUCUGCCGCCGGCGGAGGGGAGGCCGGGGGCGACGGGCAGAAAUUGUAGCUGAGACGAGAAUCCUCCCCAUGGCUGUGCCCGUGGAGAUGGUUAUGCCACAGCCAGAGGAAGCCAGUGUGCCAAUGGCAGCUGUUGCUACGACAGACAACGUGGUGGAUCCCAUCAUCCCCACUCUGGAGCCUGAAGACAGCCAGAAGGUCGCUGCCAGUCUGCCGGUCCAAAAGCCCAAGUGCCGUGGGGCGCGCAGGAUGGUAGUGAAGAUGGCCAAGAUCCCGGUCUCCCUCGGGAGGAGGAACAAGACGACAUACAAAGUGUCCUCCCUCAACAGCAACUUGAACCUAGAAGGCAAAGAGUUGUCAACUUGCACCACGACAGAGCCCACUCCGCUGUUGAAGAUGAAGAACAACGGCCGCAAUGUGGUGGUGGUCUUCCCUCCAGGCGAGAUGCCGAUUAUCCUGAAGCGCAAACGAGGGAGGCCCCCCAAAAACCUGAUGCUGGGGCCUUGCAAACCCAAGGAGCCCACCACAGAGGUGAAGAAACGGAGGCGGAGGAAACAGAAACUAGCCUCGCCACAACCUUCUUAUGUGGCUGACACCAAUGACAGUAAAGCUGAUUACUCGGAUGUGUUGGCAAAGCUGGCCUUUCUGAACCGCCAGAGCCAGUGCUCAGCCCGUUGCUCCCCACCACGCUGCUGGACUCCAAGCGAGCCAGACUCCAUCCACCAGGCCCCUGACACACAAAGCAUCUCCCACUUCUUGCACAGGGUCCAGGGCUUCCGCAGACGUGGCGGCAAAGGAGGUGGCUUUGGGCGGGGAGGGGGCCACUCUGCCCGCUCCUCUCGCUGCUCCUUUAGCGAUUUCUUUGAAGGCAUUGGCAAGAAGAAAAAGGCGAGCCCAGUCACUGCCAUGCACACUGACCCUGUUCACCCGCGGAAAAGGGGCCGGCCAGAGCCAGACUCCAUGGACAAGCCCAAAAGGAAGAGGCGGUCUCGCAAGAAUGGAGUGCUCUUCCCAGAGCAGAACCCUAGUCAGAAUUUUAACGACGGGGCCUCUGAAUGGGGUGGAGAAAAGGAGAGCCCUUGGAUGUCCCAUCAUGGACACCUCUCCAGCCAAGCCAACAGGAACUGCAGUUAUCAAGGUGCUGAUUCUCGGACCUUCCACUCUUCGGCACUGGAGACGAGUUCCUCCAGCAGGGCUGGUUUCUAUGGUGGGAGCAAUCCGUCUUCACAGUCGGAGCUAAGCCAGGAGAGACACAGCCUGUUCACAGGCUACUUCCGCUCCCUGUUGGACUCAGACGAUUCCUCUGAUCUGCUGGACUUUGCCCUCUCAAACACGCGUUCCGAGUCGCGCAAAUCCACCACCACCUACACAGCCCCUCCCAACGCCAUUGCUACCCAGAGAGGCAUGGCGUCUUAUCCAAGCCGCGGUGGCAAAGUGACACCCUCCUCCUCCACCACCACUGCUACUACUGAGGCACCCUUCCACACGGUCAUGCCAAACCGGCAGUCAUUCCCUCCCAGCAGAGCCACAGGAUACAGCAUGUCCCAGGCCGCUUCCGAGUGCUGUGGCACAGACACCUUCCAGAAGCUGGCCCCACUCUCGGCUGUGUCCAGGUCACCCACGGCUCAUUCCACAGCGGCCUCCAGCUAUGCACAGUAUAGCAGCUACAGCAGCAGCGGAGGGCAGAACGUGACCCCCUCGAGCUUAUUCCAGCAAGGGAAGCCCUACCACCCCACACAGGACUGCCCCAACAACAAGGACUGCAGCUUCACCUACGGCAGUGGCAGCAGUCUGCCCUCCUCACCGAGCAGUGCCCACAGUGCCAGCUAUGCCCAGCAGGCUUCGGGGCCCAGCUUGCCACUGAGUAAGGCGGCCUUCUUCAACAGCUCAGACCCCAGCCAGUUCUCCAGUUCCUCCCACACACCCAUGAGGUGUGACAGCCGCGCAAGCACUGUGUCUCCAGGGGGCUAUAUGGUCCCCAAAGGUUCAGCCUCCUUUCAGCCCUCCCCUGAGAACUGUCGGCAGUUCCCCAGUGCCUCCCAGUGGGCUUUCCGGCAAGCUUAUGGCAGCCUGGACUGGAACUCUGAGGCCUUCAGCCAGCUAUACAACCCGGGCUUUGACUGCCAUAUCAACGAACCCAAUGUCAUCCUGGAUAUCUCCAACUACACACCCCAGAAGGCCAAGCAACAGACCGUCUCGGAGACCUUCUCCGAAUCUUCCUCAGACAGCACCCAGUUCAACCAACCAGCUGGCUACAGGAGGGCCAACAGCGAGGCCUCAUCCAGCGAGGGCCAGUCCAGCCUCUCGAGCCUGGAGAAGCUGAUGAUGGACUGGAACGAGUCGUCUGCAGCCCCAGGUUACAACUGGAACCAGAGCGUCUUGUUUCAGAGCAGCUCGAAGCCAGGCCGUGGCAGGCGGAAGAAAGUGGACAUAUUUGAUGCCGCCCACUUGAAUUUCUCGACUGCCGCCUAUCCCUCCAAGCGGGGCACGGGGGCCCGGCAGCCACGGGGCUCCCGGGGAGCUUGUGCCUCCAAGAAGGAGAGAGGCACCGGGAAAACCAAGUUCCCUACCAAGUCCCAGCCUGUCAACCCCCUGUUCCAAGACAGUACGGAUCUAGGCCUGGACUACUACAGUGGCGACAGCAGCAUGUCCCCCCUGCCCUCCCAGUCCCGGGGCUUUGGGCUGAGCGAACGAGACCCCUGUGACUACGCUGGGCCCUACUCCAUGAAUCCCUCCACCCCAUCUGAUGGCACCUUUGGGCAAGGGUUCCAGAGUGACUCCCCUGGCCUGGGGCAGGCCGACCUGGAGAGCAAGCAUUUCCCCACUCUGCCCCACCAGCUUGCUGCCCCGCCCCCUCAGCAGACUGUGUUUGAAGCCGGCUUGCAGAAAGCCUUCUCCCCAAACUGCUCCCCCACACUGGCCUUUAAGGAGGACUUGCGGCCCAGCGACAUCCGGAAGCUUCCCGCCUGUGACUCCCUCAAACACAGCAUGCAAGCAGCUGGCAGCAUGGGCCACUCGGCAGCGCACAUGGCCUGCCGGGACCUGCCCAUGUCUCAGCCCCACUAUGACUCCCCCAGCUGCAAAAACCCUGGCUAUUGGUACUCUCCCACCUCCAGCACCCGCAGCCCUCCUUAUGACAACAAGGCUGGGGUGGGGAUGCUGGUGGACUUCAUGGGGAGGAGCCCGGAUGCCUCCUGCCUCAACCCCCACCUGGCCAGCCCCCCCAGCACCAACCCUUCCAAGCCCGAGAAGGAGCCCAUGGACAUGGCGAGGGCUCACCACCGAGGGGCCUACAUUUGCCCUUUGAUGAAUGACUUGAAUAUCUCCCCAGUCCCGAGAGACUCUAUGCUGCCGCUGCAGGACAACUACAGGUACCCCAGCUUUGCACCCCAAGGGCACCCCAUCAUGGCCGCAGCCCAGAAGAGCGGGUUUUUGGGUCCAGUGCUAGAGCAACACCCCGAGGACACAUUCACAGUCACCUCAUUGUAGUGUCAUCUGAAGUGCCAACCGGACAACGAGGUUUUGUUUCAGGAGCUACUUUAGCCAGCACUUUUUCUGGAACACUUUUCGAGUUCUGUAUUUAAUGGAAAUCAAAAACUGAUCUCUUUUUCUUUUGUUGUUGUUUGUUUGUUUUGGUUCUUUUGUUUUGUUUAUUUCUUUAAAAAGGAAAAGGAAAAGAGGGGGAAAGGAGAGAGAUAAAAACCCUUUUUUUAACAAAAAAAAGAAAAUAUAUUUAAAAAAAAUAAACUCACUUUCUUUGAGAAUGGCAUGGAGACAGUUUUUUUGAACUGGACUUUGUUGUCGGCCCUCCUUCCACCCCACAGUCUAGCAGAAAGACAAUCGAAUGAUCAUGGCCACCACCCAGGCGGAGUACAAGAGGGUGCGUGGGCUCCCCGUGAUCCCCCUGCCCCCACCCUGCCCACAGCAUGUGUAUGAGAAACACACUAGAAGGCAAUGGACAGCAAACAGGAAUGGCCACAGGAAAGGGGAAUUUUUUUUGGAGGGGGGAGGGGGGGAACCGUCUAAUCUGUGAACUCAAAUGAAAACUCAGUGAUGAAGACUGAAGACUCGGCAUUGACCUCGAUCCCCCCCUCUUUCUUUUUCGUGUGGGUUUCUUUUUCUCCCAGUUGUUUGCAUUUUUUAAAACACAUGUGCACACGCACACACAUUUUUUUGCUUAAUUUUUAUGGAGAUCCCAGAAGAUUUUACAAGUCUGUGAAUGGAUCUUGGAGACCCCUUCAUCUCUCAUUUCCAUAACCCACGAGAAGACCCUCCCCCAAACACACUGGCUAUGCUCUUUCAACAAACUGACAGCCUUCCCUGGGCUCCUCCUGUUAUGACUUCCUUGCAGAAGAGGGCAGAAGCGGGGAGUUCCACUGGAAAAACCCUUGUCCAAGAAAUCCCAGCAAGAAGAAGGAAGCCUCACGUUGCCUUUCCUCCCCCACCCUCCAGCCUCCCUUCUCUGUAUUAUUGUGCCCCCUCUGUGUUACUGCCUCUCCUACCCAGCCCCCCACCCAGUCCUGGGUCUGUCACUGAGAUGCUUCUGUCUCCUCUCUUGAGAAGCAAGUUGGGGGGGGGCGGGGGGAAUGGGGGCUUUUCUUUCUGCACAAAACCAGCAAUUGUAAAUACUUUUCAAAAAUGUAAAAAGGAAAAAAAAAACCAAUACGAAAAAGCAAACAAAAUGAAAACGCCACACACACACCCAAAAAAUGUUUUCGAAAUCAACAGAAUAAAUGUUGGAGGGGAAGAAAAAAAGAACAGAGUCCCAAGAGAGUCAAAGCAGGAGAGAAGCUAAUUGUGUCGAGUAUGCACUGAGAAAUCUAUUUGCAGAUUGAUUGACAAAAAAAGUAACAAGAACCUAUUUAUUGUACAUAAUGUUCUAUUAUAAAUCGUGUAUUGUAUAUGGCAUCUGUACAUCUGCUGUGGUUUUGUGACGUGCAAAUUUCAGCAUGGGUUUCAUCAAGGUUUUAAGUUGCUUUUUUAUUGUUUAUUGGGGGGGAUUCUUUUUUCUUGGCAGUACGCACCCAAAGAUCCAAAUUUGUAUUAAAAACUAGGAAAAAAAAGAUUAAAGACAAGCAAAUAUACCCUCUUUUUUGGGGGGUGGGGGGAGUGGGAAGGGGGCGAAGGCAUUUGAGUUCUUGUUGGCCACUUGUAAACUGAAAGAAGUAUUCCUUCCUCCGUGUGUGCCCCUUUUGCACCAGUGCUGAGCUCAGGGUGUGCGUGUGCGUGCAUGUAUGCGUGCGUGAGAAUGACUUUUUUUUUCACCGGUGUCCCACCCUCUUUAUUCCCUCCUUUCCCUGGAUUUGUGGAUUGUGCAAAAAAAGAAAGAAAAGAAAAUGAAACAAAGAAGGGAGGGGGCCCGUCCUGUGUUGUCCAUUACUGGUCUGAACUGUGCAGUGCUUGCAACUAAAUAUACCAGACUUGGUAGUCGCUUGGAGACAGAGCAAACCUCCGAUUAUCACCAUAUAAGCUCCUGCUUGCUUGAUUCCUCCCCCCACCCCCCCUCCGGGCCACGUUGCCUUCAUCUGCCACCCCAAAGCCCACUCCCCACUCUUUUCUUUCCCCCCCUCCCCCUGUUCCUCACCUGGUCUUUUUGUGUAUUUAGGAAGGAAUUUUUAAUAGACCCUUUUUAUAUUAAAAGAAACCUAUAUAUUGAGCGAU